AUGGCGGUGGAGCCGCCGCCCAAGAACCACCACGGCGACCCCUCUACUCCCAGCGGCCUGGGCUACUUCUACAUCCGCAUCCUCGGCCCCGCCGCGCCACUGCUCCUGCUCCGCUCCGACCGCCUCUACUCCCUUUCCUUCUCCCGCCGCCGCGGCCACCGCCUGCGCCUCCUCGCGUCCCCUGCGCGUCGCUACCGCCGCCGGCGCCACCGGGAUCUUCUCAUCAGCACCUCUGGCUGCGCCCUCAGCCUCAGCCACUGUUUCUCCAGUGCCGGCGCCUUGCGCGUCAACGGGCUGCCCCUCCACGGCGGCAGCGGCGGCCCGGUUGAUCUGGCCGUGGGCGACGAGGUCUCGCUGCUGCUCCUCGGCGUCAGGUACGGAUUUGUGGCCGAGAAAUUCGUCUCCUGUGAACGGGGCGAGAAGGUAGCGGGGUCCUGCGAGGAGGUUAUCGUCCUGAGGGCGGAGUCCCUCCGGAAGCGGCUAAGGGCGAUUUCCGAGAGCCAGGAUCCAGUUUCUUUCUUGAGGGGUUCGCAUUGUGCACACGCUGGGGUGAAGAAAGUGAGAGAAGAGGGUGGUUUCUUGUGCCAGGACAGUCCAAUUAACCCUCUCCCUGAAGAGAAUUUGGGACAAGAAGAAUCCAAUCUUGACCAGGGCAGAUUGGAACACCAAAAUGAUUUUGCGAAAGGAAGUACAGUCUCAGAGAAAGAGGAUACUGUUGAGUUGCCUCAAAGAAGCCCAGCAUACACCAAUGACAAUAUGGAGCACAAAGGAUGCAGUGAUGGCAAUGUAGAGCAGCAGCAUAUUGAAGGACGCUACUCAGAUGGGAGCACAUUCUUCCUGAACCGCCUCUCCGGCAUCAGGCCUGAAAUGCGAAGAGAACAAGAUAGUGGAGUGACACUUCCAGAGCUUCUCCAUCCUAUUGGCAGCUUGUUGCGAGUAUUUAUCGCGACAUUCACCUCUGAUAUUUCCUGGUUCCUGGAAUACUGUAAGAUUCCUCAGCUCCUGCCAGUAACAAUAGCAUGCCACAACAAGGAUAGAUGCUGGAGUGCGAGCCGUGAACGUAGAAGUGCAUCCCCUUUUGAAAAUUAUCCUAAUCUACUAUUAGUUUACCCCCGUUUCCCGGAAGAAAUAGCAUUUGGAAAGGAUAGAAAGAAACAAGGAGUUGCAUGCCACCAUCCAAAGCUCAUAGUGUUACAGAGAGAAGACAGUAUGCGUGUUAUUAUUUCUUCUGCUAACUUAGUACCUAGACAGUGGCAUCUUAUAACAAACACAGUGUGGUGGCAAGACUUCCCCUGUAGGACAUCCUCGGAUUAUUCAGCUCUUUUUAGUGCAGUUGAGGAACCAAAAUCCGACUUUGCUGCUCAGUUAGUUUCAUUCAUGGGAUCCCUUAUCAAUGAAGUCCCUUCCCAAGCAUAUUGGAUAAAUGAGAUAGCUAAGUAUAAUUUUGAAGGAGCUGGUGGGUACCUUGUUGCUUCAGUACCAGGGUUGUAUAUGCCAAGUCCAUGCUAUUUGGAGUCCAAUUAUUGCCUCUCAGAAAAUAGGAUUUUGCACACAAAAUCUGCACUUAAAAUGUUUCUUGGUUCUGUCCAAACAUCUGUAGUUGGUUUAUCACAUCGCUUUCACAUGCCAUCUGAUGCUGGCUCACAACUGAAAUCCCUGUCUGUAUUUCUUGGGAAAUGCCACGAGAACAUGCACGGAACUGCAGAAGUGAUAUUGAAAAGGAAUACAAAUAUACCAGCCGAUGCUAAUGCUGUGAGCGUUCUUGUUGCUGAUCUGGAUAAAUUUUCUGAGGAAGAUUCAGUCCAUCUUGGUUUCUUACCUAGAGAGGUCGCAAAAUGGGUAUCUCCCCUAAGUGACAUGGGUUUCUUCGAAUUUUCUGGAUUUAUCUACCCCAGAGAAGCCCUGGAAGCUGCGUUUGGAGUAACUAACACAAAGGUGCAGCUGCUUCUGUAUGUAUCAAAGGGUCCAGAGUUUUCUCGGAUGUCAGCGCUGAUCCGGGAUGAGCAUCUUCCUUCAUUGUGCUCACUAGUAGCAUCCUUGAAAAAGAGCCUUGGACUUUGGCGGUUAGAAGAGGUGUUAUCACGCUUCAAGUGGCCUGAAACACUGGAGACUGAUUUUAUGUACAGUGCUUCAUCCAUUGGGACCUCUAUUAAUUCGCAGUUCAUUGCACACUUUGCUUCAGCAACUGGUAAACGAGCCAAUCAUGAUUUUGACUCUGAAGAAUCGGAUCCAGAGUGGGGUUGCUGGACGGCAAAGCAUGAGCUAAAGAAACCAUCAAUCAGUCUAUUAUUUCCGACAAUCGAGAGGGUGAAAAGCGCUGCUUGUGGAAUUCAGUUGUCCAGAUUUUUGCUUUCUCUGCGUGAGAAAACGUGGGAAAGAUUAAGAUCUACGGGCAUACUUCAUGAUGCAGUCCCACAUCCACAUGAUAGAAUAGGGCAUCCUAUGCAUGUUAAGGUUGUUCAGAGGCGAUUUCGGUCUCGGAAAGGUGGUCAUUCAUUUGGCUGGACUUACUGUGGGUCUCACAAUUUCAGCCCAGCUGCCUGGGGACAACCAUUGCGCCCUCCAUCCAAAGCAAAUGUUACUGAUGCCACCAGGGCAGCUCCUUCUGGGCCAAGGCUGCACAUUUGCAACUAUGAGCUGGGCAUCAUCCUCAUUGCUCCGCCGCCAGGUGUGUCAAAGAAGGGCAAUGGAAGGGUGCAUCGGAUCGAUGGCAUAUCUCUUCCAUUUGUCACCCCUGCACCACGGUACACGCACAGCGAUAGGCCUGCGACGCCGCUGGCUAUGCGAGAAGCCAUGAUCGAAGCUUGUAUUCCGCAGAGCAUUGACUUGUCGGAAGAGACUGACGAGGAUAUAGCGGAUGAAGAUGAUGAGCUUGUGGUUGAGCUAUCUGAUUGUUCUCCUGAGGAGAAAGAAGAGGAGAAGAUCUAUGCAGAGACGCUGUGGGGUCAGGUGGAAUCUUCCCAGAGCCAGGGAAAAGAUACCUGAAGUUGGAUGCUGGCACUGCGUUCUUACAUAGGAAGUGCAGCAUUGAUAGUUCAUUGGCUAAGGGCUCUCAAGGAGAGUGCAGUAGAUACAACAAACAUAACAGUUCACAGAUAGGUUUCAAAACUUCUUUGAAGACGCAGAUUUGCAGGUCCGAGUUAAUCUUUCCGAACAAGAGCAAAUUAUUGCAUCCACCUCAUGUCAAAGUACAGGCAUAAUCUGACGUACAGCCGCCUGAAUUACCAGGAUUAUUUCUUCCAAGGAUUGAAGAUGAUUCAGUUACAAAUUUUUAGAUUAUAUUGUGUGUAGUGUACAUUUAUUGUGAUUCUUUGUUGUAUUGGAAAUAAAAGAUUUGUGUAUU